ACCAGGAAUCAAACUGUGACCUCCUGGUUCAUAGGUCAACGCUCGACCACUGAGCCACACUAGCCGGGCUCUUCUGCAUCUUUUUAUGUCACUUCCCCUUGGCUGGUGCUACCUCAUCCUCAGAGUUGGUAGGUGGAACAACUGGAAGAUAAUAGACCAGGAAGUUGUCACACUACCAGGACUCCAGCCACCUGACAGCUGCCCCUGUGUUUCAGGUGACCCAGGGCCCCGAUGGCAAACUUCAAGGGCCACGCUCUCCCGGGGAGUUUCUUCUUGAUCGUUGGGCUGUGGUGGUCAGUGAAGUACCCACUGAAGUAUUUUCACCAAAACGGGAAAAGGAGACAACUGAGUCGUAAUUAUGAGCGACUGGAGAUCAUCGAGGCCGCCAUCAGAACUUUAUUUCCAGUCAUUGGGAUCCUAGCAGAGCAGUUUGUUCCGGAUGGGCCCCACCUCCACCUGUACUCGGAAAAGGAGUGGAUCAAGUUGAUGAACUGGCAACACAGCACCAUGUAUCUGUUCUUCGCCAUCUCAGGAAUCACUGACAUGCUCACCUAUCUCGUCAGUCACAUGCCCUUGGGGGUGGACAGACUGGUGAUGGCUGUGGCAGCGUUCAACGAAGGUUUCCUCUUCUACCACCACGUCCACAACCGGCCGCCCCUGGACCAGUUCAUCCACUCGCUGCUGCUGUGUGCCGUGUUCGGAGGAGCUCUCAGCAUCUUCUUGGAGGUGAUCCUUCGGGACAACAUUGUGCUGGAACUUUUCCGAACCUCGCUCGUUAUUCUCCAGGGCACCUGGUUCUGGCAGAUUGGGUUUGUGCUGUUCCCGCCCUCCGGAGGCCCGCAGUGGGACCAGGAAGAUCACGCGAACCUCAUGUUCAUCACCAUGUGCUUCUGCUGGCACUACCUGGCCGCGCUCUGCAUCGUGGCCGCCAACUACUCUCUCGUUCACUGCCUUCUGACCCGGUUAAAGAGGCGCAGAGAAGGAGAAGUCAUUGGCAUUCAGGAGCUGAAGUCAGACACCACUUACCAGAAGGCCCUGCUGAAUGGCUCCGAUGAGGAAUGAGACGGGGCCCUCGGUCACAAACGGGGUGGCGUGUCCCCGUGAAGACUAGCUGAGUGCCACAGUCGUGGCUCAUCUCCAUGUUAACGCUUGCCUUGGUCUGCCCUGAAGGUGCUCUAUAUUUGCACCUUCUCACUUAACGGCUGAAGACUGUUGGUGCGUAUCCUUCAUAAAGAAAAACAAAGCAAGCCUUUACGUCUCAGGAGAGAAAUCAGAGACUCUGAAGUGUCGGAACAGCACGUAGCCUCAUCGACGAAUCCAGGAUAUGAAUCCAGCCAGACCCACUGCUGUAGAUGACUUACCCCUUCCUUCCCUCCCAAGAAAGCAGGAACUUUCUUAUUAGGAAGUAAGUGAUCACAGUGCCUUUCUUUUAGAGAUUCAAGUCUAGCGUGUAUUUUUACAAAGUAGUCACCCACAAGUUUUGGUGUUUACACAUCACUUGUUAACAUCUCCUCACUAAUCAUGACACUAGAGUACUGCAGUACCACUGUCGGUCAGUGACAAAGUUGGGCCAAAGGUACAUUUUGUUUUUAAAACCAGGAAGCUAGUUAGGGGCCCAGAGGAGAGCUGGAACUCAGAUGGUCUGACUCCUCAUGAGGAUGCUGACAGGAAAGCUGGACAGGGAGGGAGAGAAAAUGUCAGGUAGGGGAGGCCUUGACUUUAAAUACUACAGCUGAAAGCAAAGGGCAAGAAUCCCGCCAAGUGUCUGAAGCUGGAACUGGUAAUACAAUCUUGAUACUCUAGUCUUGGUUCUGGUUCUUUUUUUUUUUAAAAGCUUCCUUCAACAAGGGCUUAUUAAACAUCUCCUUUGCACCAGGACUGGAAUGGUUGUACAGAUUAACUAAGUAUGUGCCCAGCAAGGAAUUCAGUCUAAUGGGAGAACUAUGCAGGCAGUUCAUACGGGGUGACUGAUGCCAUGAUGGUAAGUGAAACCACCAUGACACAAAGGAGGGAGGGUAAGUAGGGAGGAGCCUGCCCAUAGAAAAGGCACAUUCCAGGCAGAGAGAAAAGAACAUGAAUGGAUAAAGGUGGUUAGGACGAAUCUGAAAGCUCUUACCGUAGAGACCAAAUAGUACCAUUCAGACUCUGAAAUAUAUCUUGUUUCUCACGACCACCUACCGGUAUACUGGAAAUAUAUUCGUUCUUCCGAGUUGAGUGGUCUAAGGUUACUAGGUGUAGAACCAGAUUUCAGUAGGACUCCAGCUAGCCUGUCUCUCGCCUUUCUCCUCUGCUACGUCACACAAAUGCAGCGAUCAUUCCGGUGGAGCAUUGAGGUGUCAUUCACCUGAAGCACUGAGAUCAGCACCGGGGUCAUUCCCGUGGAGCACUGAGGUCAGCACCGGGGUCAUUCCCGUGGAGCACUGAGGUCGUCAUUCACCUGAAGCACUGAGGUCAGCCCAGGGUCAUUCCCAUGGAGCCUUGAGGUCAGCACCGGGGUCAUUCUCGUGGAGCAUUGAGGUUAGCACCGGGGUCAUUCUCGUGGAGCAUUGAGGUUAGCACCGGGGUCGUUCCCGUGGAGCAUUGAGGUUAGCACCGGGGUCAUUCUCGUGGAGCAUUGAGGUUAGCACCGGGGUCGUUCCCGUGGAGCACUGGACGGCUCUGGGAGAAACUCUGCCCUCAGCACCUCCCUUGCUCAGCCAGCACUUAGAGCUGGAGGCACAGCUUCAGGAGAAGAAUGAGCUCCCUGAAAACUCGGGAGUUAGUACUGAGAGGCGAGCCCAUGGGUACCCUUUCAGCAGCCAGUGGGUUUGCCUGCGGAGUAAAACCCAACAUCCUUUCAACCAGUACCAGAGGACUUGUUAUUGGCAAUGAAUGUAAAACAUGUCCUUUCCUCGGCGAUUGGAGUUGGGAAGAAGGAACCUACUCUGGGUUUUACUUUCAAAGCAACACUCUCCAUUUUGAAUUAAAGGGGGUGGGGCAGCAGGCUUUAGGAAAAGGUGGUAUUUUCUCCAGAGUGAGGAGCAACUAUAAAACAUCCAAGUCUAUUCUAAUGCUCCUCCCUGCAUGGCUGGGACACCAUCACAGAAGUGAUCACCACUAACAACAUUCUGGGCUACAGGGCAAACCCCUCACAACGCUACGCACCAAAUCCAGUCUGAGACACAUGGUCGGAAUAACUCUGCCAACUCCUGUCCACCAGAGGCUCAAAGACUCAAGGCCGCCACAGGUCCUCCUGGAAUUGUCCCCUGAAACACCCCUGGAGCCACCACAUCUCUCAUGGCCCCAGGUGUGCAUCCAGGACCCAUGUUUGGUGCAAAUGCUGGUGACGUCACCUGAACAAUUCCAAGAGGGGGUUUCCGCUGUGUACUCCACCGACAGGCUGGCCAGGACCCAUCUCACUUCCCAGGGCUCAGUCCUACACUGUUCCCCUCGGAUGUCAAAGUCUGCAGCCACUAAGGAGACGAGCGGUCAGGUGACUUCAGUCAAUAACAGUGUGGGGUGGGGUUGGGGCUGAAGGCCAGAAGGACUUUUAUGAAAUCAUUUAUUAAACAAAUUCAGAGGAAGUUUAACCAGCAGUCAAUACCCAAGACAGGAUUCCUCCAUUUCUACCUGUUGCUCACUUAGAGCCUGUCACAUGAACUUUCCGUGUGAAAUGUGACUCCAGGGAGUGCCGACAUGCAAAUACCAAAGUAUUAGGAAACAGCAGGUGCAGCCGCCUUUCCUCGGGUGAAACAGUUGUUUCUCCUCACUGCAGUCCCUGCCUCCGGCCAUUUCCCAUCCCUUUCUGUCCAGCCCUCCACUCCUCUCAAAAGCUCAAUCCUGCCUCGGCCGAUUCACCUCUGCCCUGUCAUCCAGACUUCCACCCUCAGCUCUGGAUCGCCCCCAAGUCUCACCAUGACACAUCACAGCCACUCCCUUCUUAGGAAGGCAGCAGAAAGGGCACCUGACUUAGAAUCCGAGGACUGGACUGACUUCUUGGUUCUAACUCCAGCUGAAAUGCGCAUUUUCUCCCCGUGAGAACAGCUUAACUGUUCACAGAACUUCCUUAGGAAUCCAAUGAGGUGUCUGUACAACCACUGUGUCAACACCAAGCCAUCGAAAGGUGUCGGCCCCUCCACAACUUGCCUGAUCCAUCCGAAGCAGGCCACUCCUUCCAAUCCACUUCCGCACGCAGACGCCAUACAGUGUCAUCGCUAGCCUUCAACAGAUUAAGAUAUCUUUUCAGUCAUCUGGAUCCUUCCAAGAGUUAGGGAAGCUCUGCCCCUGCAGAAAAGCUUUCCCACCCAAGCCCUGCUCCAGCACAGACGCGGCAUAUGUUCUUACCCCCAGUGCCUUAAUUAAAGCGCCAUGCCCAGCUCUCUGCCUGCAGCUGGGUGGGCCCGAGAAGCAGGAAACAGCCAGGACUAAAUAACUUGCUUACCCGCACUGAGCUUUUUGUGGUUGGUGCUGUCCAGUAGGGACACCAUCUCUACUUUGGAAUAAAAGUCAGCAAAGUUUUACUUAAA